UUAAAACGCUCGUACAUUCCCCUUUAGAAAUCAGUGUGUAAUCGACUUAUCGCGAACGCAGUAGCGUUUCGCAUUCUGUGCUGUGUUCCCAGUGUUUAUCGGACAGAUCCAUCUGUUAUAACCGAUUAAGAAACAACCGGUCAAGGUUGUCAGAGCAACGAUGUUACCGCCUCGACAUGUUAGUAUAGAAGAAGAGUGCAAGCGAAAUCCGGAACUCAAGAUGUCAGAUCUACAAAUGUUAAAGGAUUGGAUGGAUAAGCAGCCUCAUAUGCCACAAGUAGACAUGUACUAUAUUGCUUUGUUUUUGCAUAGCAACUAUUAUCGUAUAGAACCGACCAAGAAGACGAUCGAAAAUUUUUUAACCGUAAGGACGCAUUCGCCAGAAAUAUUCACUAAUAGAGAUUUAAUCACGUGCAAAGAAUUGCGAGAGAUCGCCUCUGUCAUAGGAGCCACGCCAUUAGAGCAAAAAACCAAGGAAGGAUACAUCAUUACAUUUGGAAAAUUUUUGGAUCCGAAUCCGGAUAAAUAUUUCCGGAUAAAAAAUAACUUUUUGGAAGGUAUUAAGUAUGCGCUUAUGGCAUGUGAAGUGCAGAAUAUUAUACAUGGCACCAGCGAGGGACAGGUUGCUGUUGUUGACGCAGCCGGUUUGACUCUUAGCCAUACCACUAGUUUCAAUUUACCAGCAGCAAAAAAGUUUUUAUUCUAUGUACAAGAAGCAGCUCCAGUUCGAUUGAAGGCUCUUCACGUAUUGAACACUAUGCCCAUAGUAGAUACAUUUUUUAAUUUACUAAAACCCUUCAUGAAGAAGGAACUGCUGGAUAUACUGCAUUUUCAUUCGAAUAUGGAAACCGUGAAGAAAUAUGUGCCUAUAGAGAGUUUGCCAAAUGAAUAUGGUGGGACAGCGGGACCUAUCAAGGAACUAACAGCCAGGUAUAUUAAAGUACUGGAAGAAUUUCGCGAUUGGUUUCAGUAUGACGAAACUCACAUGCGAAUAAACGAAUCUUUGCGAGUUGGCAAGUGCGAAAAUGCAGAAAAUCUAUUCGGUGCAGAUGGUUGCUUUAAAAAGUUGGAGCUAGAUUAAUCACCCAAAAAAAUAUCUUACUAACGCAGAUAGAUUUCUCUAGAUGUCACAAUAAAAAAUUAUCGCUAGUUUUUGUAUCUGGUAAAAAAUUCUUUAUAGCCUGCAGAAUUUACAGCAGCAAAUUCUAGUAAUAUUAUCUGGAAGGUUUGGAUUUAUGACUAUAAAUAUUAAUCACUAGAUUGGAUAAAAAUUAAUUUCGGUACCAUAACUAGAACAAUCUUUGUAAGAAAUAUAGUUCUUGUAUGUAUCACAGUCAAACAAUGGAUGGGCGCCAUAAAGACUUUGUUACUUAGUAAUUUAUAAAUUAUAUUAUAUCAACAUUUAUGAAGGUAAAUAUUAAAGAGGAUUUGUAUAAACUAUAACAUAAUUCGAUUAUCAAAUUAUCUUAAUAAUCAUAUCGCGAUACACAAUUUGUACGCAUAAUCCGACUAUUGUUAUGUAUUAUAGCAAAGUUAGUUACUGGGAAAAUUAUAAUGGCUUGUUUCACGUAUA